AUGUCCAAGCAAGCGAGUGGAAGUACCGGCGGUAGUCACAGCAAACGCAAGCGCGAUGCCAGCCACGAGCGCCGAGUGCCGCUGAGUAAAGCGCGUCAGGAACAUAUGGAGGAAGAGUUUGCCGCGACGUACCACGGUCUCACGGCGCUGUAUAAGUUGCUGGAGGUGCAGCAUCUCCAGAGUCCCUUGUUCCUGCCUCGGACAUUGAGCUAUCGCUUGGAUCCAGCGUGGCAGCAGAAGGAACUGAAAGAAGGAACGGGAAACAAGGAGAAGGUGAAGUUGAAGCCCAAGCAGCAGGUCAGGAUGGUGCAGGCUGGAGCCACGUUGACCGAGUUCAAGAUCGGCAUGACGUCCGAGACGAUGGAAGCUUUUCAGAGCCAGACUCAGCGUGUGGGAGUGCUGCUCUCGCUGUUUCAAGCAGAUGGGAAACUGUUUCGUGACAAUGAGUUCAAGCUGCUGGCCACGUGCUUGAUUCCAGUGCCUUUUGCGAAGCACGUUGUGCUCCCUGCAGAGCUGCUGAGUCAAAGUGCCUAUGUCACUGUCAUGGUCGUUUACUUGGUGGAGAUUGGCAUUGGGGAUAAAGCGAUUGCCGCUCAAUCGUCUUUGACUUUCUCAAAGCCUUCUACAGCCACUAGUCUGAGGGGAAAAGAAUUGCUGUCGAUGGAAAUUGACGGCCGAAAGCCGCUGUUUAGCAAUCUAUGGAGACUUGGUGUGUCGAGACGUCGUGUCGGUCUUGUGACUGUCGAGUUGCUAGCCAUUGCGACCUCAGUGCAUGGAGGUGUCAAGUGCGAGUUCCGCAUCGUGUGGGAUCGCUUGCCACAGACGGGAAAGAUGCAGCGUCUGGAAACCAUUUGUAGCACGAAGUUCAGGAAAGAGGAUGAAGAAGAGCAGUCCAAUGAGAACUUUUUGCUAGCAGUUCCCAAGCGAGACAUUUCGACUGCUGCUCGCAGGCCAUGUGCAGGGGUGUGGUUUCACUUUCUCUACCAUUUCAUGCUACGCCGAAUGAGCGAGAAGCGGUCAGAGUACUCAUGUGCGUGGUGCAACAUGUUUGCUGGAUCGUUGCGUGGGCUCGUGGCCCAUUUGAUAUCGUCCCAUGACCGGUUUCAUUUCCAGGCCACAGUUGGACACGAUAACAUCCCGCAUAUUUAUGUGAUGGUGCAAAAACACAAUUCAGGAAAAAGCAGCUGUGAAGUUCGGUCGGCUUUCUCCGAGCUUGAGAUGUCUCCUAGCGAGAAGCCGAGCCGGAAUGAGCACCCUUAUGUGCACAUAUCCAAGAAGUACGGUCCCCGUGGCUCUCAGGCAGUGGAGGCCGUUGAAGGCCUGAUGCAAGAGUUUGAUGAGCUGGAUGAACUUUCGCAAGAGCAUCCGCAAGAGUUUUAUGCGCCACUCCUGCAGCGGCAGUACUUCCACUCCCGAACUGGUGCUGUGGUUUUAGACCACGAAAAGAACUAUGACAGCGACGAUGAUGUGGAUGAGACGUGGAUUACCAAACAAAGCGAGCGGUUGCUAGACGAGUUCGAAGACGUCUCGCUGGAAGAGAAGGAGUUUAUGAAGAAGUGGAAUCGUCACGUGAAGGAGUUCAAGAUACUAGCGGACUUCAUGGUAGCGUCUUCGUGCCGCAUGUUCGCCAGGAAAUACGGAAAAUGGCUCUUGGACCACGGUCUGCGUCACAACUUUUUGCUCCAUUUGCUCAACUUGUGGGACAACUCGCUGCUGAAUUCGCGCGCGAUUAUCGACUGCAUGCUGAUUGUCGAUCAAAAUCAGGAAACUAAAACAAUGCAGGACAACGAGUCGAAAGCGGAGGCCCCCGCAAACGCGGAGACGACGCAACAGCCAGGAGUGAAGGCUUAG